UACGACAAGGCUUUAGCAUUUAGCUCUGUGUAAUUGAUUAAACCAAACUUGUCCUUGUAAUCGUCCACACGUUAAAAAAUGACGACUAAAAAAAUUAUUGCAGUAUUCCUUCAAGACGCAAUGUUCAAAGAUAAGUGGCAAGACGUAUUCGCUGAGAUUUUGGAUAGGAACACAACAGCAGAAUUCGACACAUGGCAGAAUCAAGUAACAUCAUCUAGUUUGACCCACCGCAGGCUGUACCAGAAACUGAUAGAAUAUGCAAUUAGUCAACACGGGGAAAUUCGUAUGUUAUCGCUACUGAAAUCAACUUUAAAAAAAUCUAAUUGUCUACAAAUUUAUCAUGCCAUCAAAACUUAUCACGGCCACGGGGAAUAUUGGUUCAACAUUAAAUCUGGCAUCGACCAAUUUUACGGCAGAGACAAGCAAAUUCGUAAAUUGCUCGAAAUUUAUGAUAAGCACACGUCUUUUGUAGUAGUAAUACUUUGCGGUCUACCUGGAAUGGGAAAGACAGAAUUAGUUGCACAAUUCCUUAGAAAUGAGCAAAUUAACCAUAAAGUUCCAUGUAUAUGGAUAAGCCUGCUAAAUUUCAAGGAAGAGUUGACGAACCUGGCUGAAACAUUUCUUCCAGAUAGUAAACUAGACUUUAAAAAUACAGAUCCUGGGUCAUUAUUGGUAACCAUUGCGAUUGAUAUUGGCAAAAUUAUUGAUCAAAAAUGGAUUUUGGUUUUGGACGGAUGUACCGCUGCUACAGUCAAACCAAAGAUUUUGAUGAACCUAGCAGACUCCAAGGCAAUGGUUAUAUUGACCUCCAGCAAUAAAAAUUUGUACCACAUUCAUAGAAGCCACCUUAUCGAUGUUACCGAACUAGACGAGGAAUCAGCUCUAAACUAUGUAAAAUGCACUCUGAUGUCGGAAGAGACGGAAGCUUCCAUGCGGCUACUUUGCCAGUUUGUCAACAACUAUCCUCUGGCCUUGGAGCAAGCCACGUGGUACCUAUUGUACAAACAGACACAUAACGUUUCCAAACAAACCAUUCACGCCUAUAUUGAGGAAUGCAAGGCGAAAUCUGCAACCUUGCUUUCUAUUCAAUUACACCAAUUUGGAAGAUCCAAGUAUGAGAAAACUAUUCUGGAAACGCUGGCAACAACAAUUAACCAACUUCAAAGUAGUAGCGAGGACAACAAUAAGCAUCAAUAUGCUUUUAACCUACUCCAGAUUAUCGCAUGCCUCGGACCAGACCAUGUCGAAACGACAUUUCUGUUGAAAGUUUUCACCUGCUGGAAAGAAACUGUCGAUGAGAAAGUUUUUCAGGAGAGCUUGAACUUCUUAAGUUCCCUGUGUUUAAUAAAAAGCGAAAAAAAUGAAUGCUUACAGAUGAACCCUAUUGUCCAACAAGUUGUACGAUGCAUUAAGCGAAUAGAUAACAAAAUGUUGUACGACAUCCUUAUCAACCUAGAAAUUGGGUGUCAAUCCGUACCGGAAAUUCGACAUUUUCUAUUCGUUUGGGAACAUUCACUCAAGGAGAUGUCUAUCUCGGAAGAGUUGAUGCUAGUUGCUCUAAAAAUAUCAGGUCGUCUAGAUAAACUUUUCAUGUACAAUGAAGGCCUGUGUUUUGCUGAGAGCGUAAUUAAGAGCAUAAAUGAGGCUGAAAACAACCCUCUAAACCCGGAACUCUUGUUGGAAAUGAAAAUAAACUGUGGUCUGGCUUUGCGCCGACUAGGAAAGGGUAACGAAGCUGUAAAGUUAUUCAAGGGCAUUAACAAUACAUACACACUGCCUUCCGAACAACCAAAUGAAAAAUGUUUUACAAUACUUCAGCACCUGGCCAACUCUUAUUACAACGUACAAAAAUUUGAAAAGGCACUCAAAUUGUACAAAGAAGUAUGCGCUGGUAAAUCACUAAUUUUUGGCGAGGAUAGUAUAGAAGUAAAUAAAUGUCAGUCCAAUAUCGCCGGUGCGCUAAGUGACCUCAAACAAUUUUCCGAUGCAGAAGUGAAGUUGCAGGGGGUACUCAAUUGGUUCAAGGAAAAGGGUUACCAAGAUGAAGUGCUACGAGUAACACAUUCGCUGGGAUAUUGCUACUAUAAAAUGAAGGAUUAUAGCAAGGCCAAGGUUCAGUUUGAGCACGUUAUUAAGAAGAGGGCCGAUCACCAAGAUAAUCAAGCCCGAGAGUUAAUUGCAAAAUAUAUGCUGGCCCGUGCAAUUUUUCACUUGGGUGAGAUAUAUUCAGCAAUAGAUAUGCUAAAAGACGUUUACCAGAAGCAAGCUGGACUUAUUGGGGAGGACCACCCGGAUACGAUUGACACAAAAAACAAGAUCGAGAAAUACUUGAAACAUUCGGAUAAUCCUCUCACGUUUGACGAACAACCUGUUCCCGCACAUGUCGUUGAUUGCUGUUCUUCUAAAGAAUGUAGUUCAACCUUAGAGAGGCCCAAUGGACAAAACAAAGAUGGCUGUUCUGCAAAUGACUGUUGUUCAACAUCGGUGCAUUUCGAAGAUAUAAAUGACGUUAAACUACUAAAAUUAAACUACCGUGAGAAAAAAUCGAUAUUAAAGGAAGAAAAAAGAUCCGUAAAUGUAAGGAUCAAUAAUUUAAAGCUACGCUAUCAUGAGAGAAUGGUCACACUAAUGAAGAAGAUAGCAUUCUCGGGCAGGUAGUAUGAAUUAAACUUUAAUUACAAGCCUAGGGAAUCCACAGAUCCCUGUGGAAUCCAUCCACAGAUGUGAGAUCUCCAGAGUUGCGUUAUUUAAAUAAGUUUUUAUUAAAAUAAUGCUUAACGCCCGGAGAAUAUUUAUUAUUUAAAACUAAAUAAGUGCGAAGAUUAUUUAUUAUUUAUUAAGUAGCGCAAGCUACUUUAUGCGAUACAGGUAUAGUCUUAUAUGUAUUAUAGAAUGAAAGAAUGGAAAUGAAUACAAGAAUAGACCUUCGG